UGAAUUGAAAAAGAAGAAACAUUGACGGAAAAUUGAGAAAAAAAUCUAUUGCUUUCAUGCUGGGAAUUCGAACAAAUGCUCCCCGCAACGACAAAAAGAAAAUAUUAGCCAUCAGAACUGUAGAAAUUUAAAUAUAAUGUUCACAUAGUAACGUUCGGAAAAUUGUUUGUGUUUCUCUAAAAUUCAACCCGUAUCCGCUAACGACAGCUGUCAUACAUUUUGUUCCUCUUGCGACUCUUUAAACUGACAUUUAUUGAGAGCAGACGUGCCUUUCCGUUUCUUGAAUUGUUUCUGUAAAUGUUUACAUCUGAAUACACUGUCAAUGAUAUUAUCUUUUGACAAAAGAAACCUUUGAUGAGUCAUCGAUCAUGAAGACAAUAACACUUGUUUUGACAGUCGUGUUAAUUAGAUUGUUAUGAAGUCCUGAUCAACAAUUUUACCUGUUUGAUUUCUCCACAAAAUACUGCAAUGGCUCAGGAGGCUGUUCUUGUUAAUGUUUAUGACAUGUACUGGAUAAAUGAAUACACUUCUUCCAUAGGAAUUGGUGUCUUUCAUUCAGGGGUUGAAAUCUAUGGCAUUGAAUAUGCCUAUGGUGGUCAUCCAUUUCCUUUUACUGGUGUAUUUGAUAUUAUACCAAAAGACUCUGAAUCUCUUGGUGAACAAUUUAAAUUUAAACAAACAAUAAAACUGGGUAGCACAGAUUUUACUCCAGACGAUGUGAAGAAGAUUGUAGAUCAACUAGGAAAAGAUUUCAGAGGGGACCAAUAUCAUUUACUAAAUAAAAACUGUAAUCACUUCACUACAGAAAUCACAAAAGUUUUAUGUGGGAAGGAACUUCCAAGCUGGGUGAACAGACUUGCUCAUAUAAGUACAUGUAUACCAUUCCUAGAAAGAGCCUUACCAAAAGAAUGGUUGACACCGAUGGCUCUUCAGGAAGCUAUUCACCAAGAAGAGUUUGACUUAAGUGGGGCGCAGCAUCUACAUGGUGGCAGGAUGACAGAUAGCCAAACAGAUCAAGCUCAUUCCUCUCAAAAUCUACACAAUAGAAGAUUAUAGAUUGUAAAAGACGUGUAGGCCUGGUUGCAUAUGUACAAAUGUUGGCCUUUUGUUAUACAAAUGUUGAUAUUGAAAGAUUAUUGAAUUUUUACCAUAAUACUGUAGCUGGACAAAGUUGUGGGUGUACAGUGAUUCUCAUCUGCAUCUACCUGUAUUUCUAUCAACAUGUUUCCAAAUUAAAUUUAAAAUACAGACUAUUGCAUGACCAAAUCUUUUGGAAAAAUAUAGACAAUUCCGAUAAUGUCAUUACACAUUGGAUAAAGGUUAUUUGCAAUUUGUGAGCAUUUGUCAUAGAAUAAUUAUGCUCCCAUGUUGUAUGAUAGUUUUUGCAGUAUUGAUUAUGAUUAUAGAACUUAUGAAGAAAUAUUAAACUUAUUAUGCUAUGUCAUACAAUGUGAAAAAUAACUCUACACCUAAUUCUAAUACAUUUGCAAACACUAAAGUAUUUCUGGAUUGUGUCUCAUUGAUAUUUCUUCAUAAUGAUAUUAAAAGAAAUUUGUGAUCUCAUGAAUUAAGAUUGAAAACUUUAUUGAGGGUAUAUUGGAGAAAGAAAUACAUAAGAAAAAAAUCAAAUCAUUGUCUUGGAGGUCAAUCUGUGUUGCAUGAUAAUUGAUCAAUAAUAUUUGGGAUUCUAUGAACAGCAAAGAACCUAAUUUAUACAAAUAUGUACAUCACAAUCUAGCAACUACUUACAUUAUAAUCAAUUUAUGAGAUAAUUACAUAAUGAAUUUAUUGCAAUCAUUGGAAUGAUUUAUUGUUCUACUUUCUCUUAGUUUCUCAUUUAAAAAAAAUGGAGCUGUAUGCAAGUAUUUACACCAGGUCAAUGUUGUCUGAAAGGAGGGGAAAAAAUCUAUGUUUAAUGCUACCUUAAAUGUUCUAUUUGAAUAUCAUAUUGUUUAAUUGAUAAUCAGAUCUUGUCGUUUCUUACUAGUCACUAUAAACAACAUAAAAUGUUAAUUCAGUACAUAAA